AUGCUAUCAACUUUGCUUCCACUCCGUUAUGGACUUACGGUAGCAUUGAUUGGUCCGACAGCUAGUAUUGGCUAUGCAGUACCUCGAGCAAAUUCCAGUGUAACUCAAUGUCAGCAUUGGCUAUACGACAUCUUUUACGUACCUCCUAAAGGCGCAUUGUGGCAAAUUCUGCACUUCAAAGCACCAUCCCAUGACGCUUCAUCUCCUCCAAGUCCAAAUCAUAGACAGCAACACUAUAGUGAUACAUCUCAGCUACAUAACCAAGCAACUCAAAACCACAUGUCAUCAGGUUACGGAGGGAAUGCUUAUGGAGGGAACCAUAACCAGCAGCACAACAAUAAUGAUACUGAAAUGACCAAUGCGCAGUAUACCUCAUCCCCUGUUCAGUACGCAGAAGAACCAGACAGUCUUCGUGAUAGCGACUGGGAUUUGUCUGAGAGCGACAUAACUGGAGCCGGUGGGAUUUUCGAUGGUAUCGGUGGUCCCGGUACUGUGCGCUAUGGUAACAUUAAACCUACAGACCCUAAGGCUGCUGCAGAGAAGAAAAAGUCGUUCCAAGUACAGAGACAGUCGGGGACUUCUGAGAAAAAACGCUCUAGUACUGGUGGGAGCAAGGAGAAGAGAAAGUCAACUGUAAUGACCCGCCCUCUUUCAACAGCCGAGAAAAUGGGGCAAAAGAAAAAGUGA